CCAUUUUCCACCAAGUAAUUUGCACUUGUAUUCUGCAGGAAAUAGUUCAAUUUAUAUGACGGAAUUGUAUUUUUGUUAUAAAACAUGGAAUAGUGAAAAUAAGUGAAAAAGAGUAAAAGUAACGCAAAGAUUUCGCAGUUGGCUUUAACCCUGGUCCAAUCAACAUUUGUUUUAAUAGUAUUUGUAGUCAGACGAGGAGCCACGUCGCCCUAAUGUGAGAACUGCAUAAACCAAGGAGCAGAAAUGACAGCCACAGCAGAAGAUGGGAAUAUUCUCCUAAUAGAACCGUUUUAUUCCGGUUCACAUAAAGUUUUGAUGGAUCUCAUACAUGACGCCUUAAAAUCUAGCAGUGGGACUCCAAGUCCAGUACUGGUGACCCUUCCAGGAAAAAAGUGGCAUUGGCGAGCUAGAACCAGCGCUUUACACUUUAGCCAAACAAUUCCAGUUAAUCGUUACACAUGCGUUUUCGCGAGUUGCGUCUUACCAUUGCAUGAACUGGUGGGGCUGAGAUUAGAUAUUCAGUCGGCAAAGAAAAUAAUUUACUUUCAUGAAAACCAGUUGGUGUACCCCGUAAGGAAAUCAAAAGAUCGGGAUUUUCAAUAUGGAUAUAAUCAAAUCUUAUCUUGCUUGGCCGCAGAUCAAGUUUGGUUCAAUUCGGAUUUCAACAAGGAAUCAUUUCUUAGCAAUUUGCAUUCUUUCUUUAAACUUCAGCCAGAUUUUCGACCAAAAAACCUCCGGCAGCAAAUUGAACCAAAAUGUCACGUAAAAUAUUUUCCGUUAGAAUUCAAGAAAAUGGAUGAAGCCAUUCGUAACUUACCAAUUCCCGCAAAUGAGAGUGGUCUUGUACAAAUUGUAUGGCCUCAUAGAUGGGAGUUCGACAAAAACCCAGAGAUGUUUUUUCGUGUUAUAUACCGCUUGGUGGAAUCUGGAACAACAAAUUUCAAGAUUCAUGUUCUCGGAGAAAGCUUCACUGAAAAUCCACAGAUUUUCAGUGAAGCACAAUCAAAACUCAAUAAGGAGUUCAUUGGACAUUUUGGAUAUCUAGCCACAAAGGAAGAGUAUUACCAAGUUCUCGCAGAAAGCAAUAUUGCUAUUUCAACCUCUACACAUGAAUUUUUUGGAGUUGCAAUGAUGGAAGCAACGUACCUGGGAUGCACACCAAUCUGCCCAAAUGGUUUGGUGUAUCCAGAAUUGUACAGCAAGGCUGGAUAUCUGUACAAGGAUGAAAACGAUUUAUACCAUCUACUAAAAACGUUCAUCAUGCAACCUUCAAAAUUGUGUGAAGGGCGUGUACGUCUCGAUUUUAGUAUUUUCGAUUGGGAAACCUUAAGGCCAAAAUACUUGCAGGAUUUACUAUCACAAGAAAACUGUGAUACAAUUUGUCCAAAUAGUGAAUUGAAUUGAAUAAACAUGUUGUACAUCAUGACCUUAUUAUGCGAUCCCUAAGCUAGGUUUAUCUUCAAAAGUUUAAAGCCCCUAAUAAUGAACCCAGAUAUCAUCCCCGUUGACGAGUGCAAAAAGAAGUUUUUAUAUCGGUUUUGAAGGUCUAAAUUUGCUUGGCGAAACUGGGUUAGUUAUUUUUUGCUGAAUGCUCAAAUUCAUUUGCACCCAUAUUACGCUGGUUGAGGGCAACACGUUUAUGUAGGAUUAUCAGGGCAUUUGUUUUAAAAAAUCACAAGUCCCGACCUGUCUCCCAAUUUUUAAUUUUUAAUGCUAAAAACUUUAUCGCAGAAUGUUGAUUUAGGUGAUUUGGUAUGUUUUUCUAUUUCUGGUUACAUCUGACGACCUCUUCGACUCGGCCGUGACCGUGAAUUUUUAAGCUAUGGAAUCUGAGAUACAUACGAGUUUAUCUUUCACUCCAACAAAAAAAGUGGGGCAAAAUGACCUCCUUUCAAGGCGAGACCGAUUAAUUUUCUUCCUCCCCUCGUAACAUUGUAUUGAAUCAUGACAUACACUGUAACAUCCAAAGUUAUUGAUUAUAAAACGGCAUAUGAAUAAAAUACGACAUUACUUGUUGAAGUGUAUCAGGGUUUUAUUAUAGAAACAUGUUGACACACAAAAUUCGCUAGUAAUGUUGCGUUGCAAUGUAAUGACGAUUUUCUUACAAAAAUUUUAUGCAGAUGUUUUCCAUUGGUAGAAAUACAUGCAGAGUUGAUAUAGCCCGAGCCAGUCAUUUUUAUCAUCUUUUUCUAAAGUUCGAAUACUAGUGUUGGUUACCUGACCAAAUUUUACAAAAGAGAUCAUUAUUGGUUUUCUCAUGCAAGCAAGCAAAAUUCCGGCUUUCCCCAACUAAUUGUAAGUAAUCUCAAAAAGUAAGACAGACAAACAUGACGGUAAGCCUUGCUUUAGCUCGAGCUAAUAAAAAAAUGUCGGAAAACCCUAUCCGGAUAAAUAAAUAUGGGAUAGGAAAAUUAUAAUAAAAAGUAUGAUGGAUAAAAAAUAUCGAUAUGACAACGGAUUACAAUUCAGACAAAGUCUGGGUCAUUCCCAAAAUAUUUUUCGUUCACUCAAUUUUUUCUCCGAAUCUCAAAUUGGUUUCUGGAAAUUUUAGCUUUCUCAAUACUUUCGAACCCAAUUCACUCUGUAAAAUUCCUAUUUUUAUCUUCAAACCAGUCGAAAAAUGAAUCCAAACGGGCAUCAAAGUACCAGUUCGUGCUCUGGAAAUUACGGGUAUGAACCCUACAUGCUUGGAAGUUCUUCGUUCGGCGUAGGAGUCAGCCAAACAGUCUCGGCCAGUGGUUUUAGACGAAAUGGUGGCAGAAAUUCUGUUCGGGACUGUAUGCAGUGGGACAACAUUUCGUCCGAAAUGUCUGGAAACUCGGCUCGAUUAUCAGGAAAUGGUGGGUUCUGGAAUACUGGAAAUUCUUCUGGAAUGGGAAACUCGACAACUACUUCUAUGGGAUUCAAUUACACUCAACCAAAGGCAUUUUUGAGGGUCCCCGGUGGAGGUGAGGGUCAGAGUUCAUCCGGUGUGUCUAUUCCUUGUCAAAUCGCACCCCUCGGAACGAAUCCUGCAUCCAUGCUCAAGCCGAUGGAACCCGUUACUCUUCGCGUAACUGCUCCCACCCCGACGACCAACUCCAACGGAGGUACAGGACCCUACGUUUUUACGAUGGACCCAGCCCAACUCUACGGAAAUAACAAUCUUCGACGAUAGUCAACAAGCAAGAUCAUCAUCACGUUAUGUAAUGCUUAUGAGAUUGAUCCAAUCUGAAUCCUGUGACUCUAUGUAUUAUCUUCAGGAUCUGAUAACUUGUAAAUUCUUGUCACGUUGAAAUAAAUAAUCCAACGAA